AUGUGGGAUGAGGAGGAGGAGGAGGAGGAGGAGGAGGAGGAGGAGGAGGAGGAAGAGGAACAAAAAGCAGUCAGUUGGGAAGGUAGCAAGGCUUAUGGCAAGGGGGAGAGGCGCGGAGGAGUACGUCCAGUGAACUGACUUUUAGGCACGCAAGACGUGUCGCUUGUACCAGGAUCCUCUGCGUGCACAAGACUAGCUUCCGUAAUCUGAUGGUGGUCUUUUCUGCCGUUGAUGACAGACGCUUACCAAAUGACUUAAGGUAGUACGGUGAGACCUUCUGAAGCACAUGGAUAAUUCCCGUGAAAGGAUUUCGGAGGACUAGCCGUCGAGCCUACACGCUUUCGAUAAAUUCUCAUCAGGCCAAUGCAUCUAUAUGGGAACGGGAUACAACUUAAACAUGUGUUACAAGAUAAUUCGAUUGAAUAUAGUCUUUUCGCACAAGUGAGUUGUCGAACCAUGGGGAGAGGACAAUCAAACGCAGUGAGUUAGGAUGCAGUCAGGGUCAGAAAGAGCCAUGUCAGGAGGGAGGAGGGAAAGAGUGCGCUUGAGUGCAUGCACGAGGUUCACCUGUGUGCCCAGGACUGUCUUGUGUAACUCGAUGACAACCGCCUCUGUUGUUGCUAGCAGUGUCUUGGGGUAGUUCAGUGGGAUCUUAUCAAUUCCAUGGAAGGCCUCUUUGGGGUCCACGCGCUGCUCGGAACCAACAACACGCUCUCCGUUUCGCAGCCAUUCCGGAAGGUGCUCUCGCAUUCCUUUUGAUAAGCGCAGACUCAUGCGAUCAAUAUAACCUGCUUAACGGGUGCAAAUGAAAGAGUAAACGCAUAGUGAUGCGGUCUAAAGUAUGUAGCCUAACAGUGACUCGGAAAAGUAAGAGAGAGGGAGAGAGAAAACAGAAGAAACGGUAAGGGUCAAGUAUAUGCGCGGGAUAAAAAAAAGGCUUACUGUUGUUCAACAAAUUCACCAGCGUUUCAACACUCUCGCCUCACUUGCAGGCGUACGCAUUUCAUCUGACAAUAUUUAAAGCAUUCGUGAAGAUGGAGACACGAUCGCUGGGACAAGAGCAUUAUUCGCCUGACGUUUCGGAUUCCUGCUCGAACCCUUUGUCAGAGACAAAAUCCGAAAAGUCAGGUGAAUUAAGCUCUUGUCCAAGCGACUGUGUCUCCUUCUUCACAACUGCCUCCUAGGACUCGUGUCUUCGCCUCUAUUGACAAUUUCAAACACUGUUUUACAGUCUGACUACUCCACGUGCCGAACCUUUUUUAAAAAAUGAGCGGGAAAUUUGGACGUUCCAUCGGUUUGAAGUCAUUUCGCAACAUCUGUGCUCAGCAAAAGCAGCAAAGAAGGUUAGCUUUUGCCGGCGUGUGUGAAAACCGGAAACCGGCCUGCAGUCUGGAUCGGGUAGGACUCUCACGACAUCGUUGGCCCCAGCACACGUUGAUUUAGUUGACGGUUGAGGUAGGGUUCCUUUGUCCUGGCUGUCACUGUCUGAUGCGGAAGGGGAAUGUAUACAGCGGUGAGUCAGUUGGACACCAUCGACAAUGAAGGUAUUAGGUGACUCAUUUAGACCGCUCCUGAAAGACCUAAAUUCUGCUACUGUUAGUACAGGGGCAAUCUGUUUUCCAUCAAAAUCAGACCGUCAAUAGCCCACGUGUUUUCCUAAAUGGGAAGAUUUUAGAAACUUAAUUGCUCCUGUGACUGAAUCUCACAGUAUGCGUCGAGUCUCAAAAAAGGGCGUCCUUAAAAGCCGUUAAGUGAACUUCAAAUUUUGUGAUGAUGCUUAUUUACACAUUAAGGAAGUUCAAGUCGGCAAACAUACGUUUUCGAGCAUUCUUCGUCAGGCCAGUACAUUAAUACGGGCCUAGUUAGAGCAGCGAAAUUUGAGAAGUAAAACACCUUAUGAACAGUAGUCAUAACUUGAGGUAAAUGUGUUCAGACUUGUGGGGCAGCGGGAGAAUUAUAGUCUGGUUUCUGUCAGUGGUACGGGAAGAGGGAGAGAGGGGAAGGGAAGUGGUAGGGUGGUCUGAUUGAGUUGUGCUUAUGUUUCGUCGCUGUGGCGCGACGUGCCAUGAUGCGAGUCAGAACUUUCAUGACUCAUUUUUGACCAGCGUAGUAGGAGAGCUUUAAUGAAGGCAUUCUGCGAGCACAAGGCCGGUCGUAUGGCCACUGCCUCUGCUGUCGCAAGUAUUCGUUGACGUAGGGGCUUGGAAUGUCUUGCUGGCACUUCAUAGAUGACACGGAGUGCUUGGUUGACGUCUACCUGGUGAACGGUGUCAACCAAGUGAGCCACAACGGCGUUAGGAAUGGACUUAUCCUUGCUUCGAUAAAGCCAGGCAGGAUGGUGCUCUCGCAUCCGCUUGGACAGGCGCCUUGUUGUUCGCCCAACAUAACCUCCUCCACAGGAGCAAUUGAACGUGUAGAUGCAUAUUCAGGCCUGAAACGGCAGCUUAUCCUUGCCUUCAAGGCGGAGAAGUCGGGUGCUAUAGAAAAUUAGUCUUAUUCUAGCGGCAGGGUACGUGCGUGCAAUAGCGGAGUUAAGGCGACGUUGUAGAAGGUCACAGGCCGGGUCUCCUCGAAAUGCCAAAGUGAUAAAUAAUUCUUUCUUCUCCACCGUCGGUAUAUUCGACUUUGGUGAAUGACCUUUCAUGUAUCUGUUGAUAAAUUUAUCGGGAAACCAUUUUCUCGCAGGGUAUUUCGUAUGAAGUACAGUACGAUCUCCACUGUUUCCAGAGUACAAAUUCGUCUAACUCUGAUCAGAAGAAGACGCGAUCUCUGGGACAAGGGCUUUAUUCACCUGACGUUUCGGAUUGUCACUUGAAUCCAUCGUCAAAGACAGUAGCAGAAAAGGGUGCAAUAACACGGACCGACCGACACAUGGCGAGAGUCCAAGAAACGGCUUUGGCCCGAUUCUAUGGUCUCCCCAAGGUGCACAAUGAAGGCGUUCCUCUCCGGCCCAUUGUAUCGCUCAAAGGCACUCCAACGUACGGACUGGCAAAAUGGCUGUUUCGGCGCCUCAAAUUUCUGAGCGCUGAUUCGGACACCACCGUCUGUCCGUCAACACAAUUCCUGAAGAAGCUUAAAGGAGUAGGUCUCUUGCCAAAUGAGGUCAUGGUAUUUUUUGAUGUCACGUCCCUCUUUACUUCUAUCCCCCAGGAUCUGGCAAUCAAGACCGUCCAGCUAAUCCUAUGAAACAAGUACAAUGAAACGGAGAAUCGUCUCGGACAUGCCCAAGUCCUUCAGCUCCUAAAGUUCUGUCUCAAGACGUACUUCACGUUUGACGGAACAAUCUACGAGCAACUGAAGGGAACACUAAUGAGCUCGCCGAUCUCGGGAUUCAUCGCCGAGGCGGUCCUACAGCGGUUGGAGUCGCUGGUCUUCCAACACCACAGACCGAAAUUCUGGGUUCGGUAUGUGGACGAUACCUUCGUCGUCAUCGAACGGGAUCAGGUGUAA